CACCACCGUACCAACCACUUCACGCUAAUUCGUCCAAUUUUUCCUUUAUCAGAGCUCCCGGCGUCGGUGAUUCCACGAUCGCUUCUCGAUUAUCGCGCUGAAUAUCCGAAGCCGUAAGCAACAUGAGCUGGGGAAAGCUACGGCUGAGUUUGCUGGCCGUGGGAAUCUGUUUCUGUCUCAUCCUCAUCGCCAGUGUCGAUGCCCAGCUGAACUUCUCGACUGGCUGGGGCAAGAGGAGCAAUUCCGUGGCCUCGGCAGAUUUUAAUCGACGAGUGGGACUGCAGGAUACGCCAAAUCCAAGGACAUUCUCCACCUACUAUCGUCGUUUCAUGAAGAUAGAUCCCAAGCGACAUGUAGUAAAUGUUUAAAUGGAUCUGGAAAAACGUAUAGUGAAUAUGUUUUUUAUUUUAUGAAUAAAUUAAUUUUAAUAAUUUGUAUAUCCAGUA